AUGCAAGACUCCUCCGCCAAAAACAUCUCCCUAGAUCCGAAAGAUCAAUGGCUACGUAUGGGCAAUGGCCGACCCUUCCCAGGAAUGAUCGAAGAUCAUCAGGCCUACGUGGUGGUAUUUGACGGACCAGAUGACCCCUGGCAUCCCAUGAGCUGGACAUUGAGCAAGAACACCCUCGUUGCCACGUUCGACAGCGCCUUAUUCUCCCCAGCCGCCGUUCAGGCAAGUCAAGACCUCGCCGUAGGUCACGAAGUCGGCGCACUGGCGACGUGCCUAUAUGUGCUGGGCUUUUCCUUCGGGCCCUUACUCUGGGGUCCCGGAUGCGAACUCAAGGGGCGCCGGAUGCCGCUCAUUGUGGGUUCAUUGGGAUGCGCGUUGUUCACACUGGCAAGCGCUACCGCCAAAGACAUCCAGACAUUGAUUAUUUGCCGCUUCUUCGCAGGAGUGUUCGGAUCCAGCCCACUUUGUGUUGUUCCCGGAGUCCUCUCGGAUAUAUUCGACGACUACCAGCGAGGACCUUCAAUCGCGAUAUAUGCCCUGACUGUAUUUGCGGGCCCUUUGGCGGCGCCUUCCAUUGGUGGGUUCAUCACGGACAGCUAUCUCCGGUGGCGGUGGACGCUGUACCUGCCUGCCAUCAUGGGAUUCUUUGCAGUAGGUCUGCUUGUGCUCUUCUUGGAAGAAACCCAUGCUGGCAGUGUUUUAAGCACCAAAGCCGCUCGCAUUCGCCAGGAGACUGGUAAUUGGAGCAUUCAUGCCGACCACGCAAGAAUCGAGGUCGAUAUGGACGACCUCGCUCGGCGGUACCUCAUCCGACCAUUACGCAUGUUAGCUACGGAGCCAAUCGUGCUGUUCGUGUCCGUCUACAUGUCCUUCAUUUACGGAUUGACAUACGGCCUAGUGGGAGCAUAUCCAUACGUGUUUCAGCACACAUAUGGUAUGAACAAGGGGAUAGCUGCUUUGCCGCUUAUUGCAGUAAUCCUCGGUCUUUGUCUGGCGGUUUGCUUCAUCAUCUGGCAGCAACUCCGGAGCCAGAAGACAUCGUUGCUGGGCGAUGCAGCCUCCGAACCAGAAGUUCGUGCUGAUGAUACUCAAGAUGAACCCGGUGUCCUCGAGUUGUUGGUCAAGCACUACCCUGACGGAAAGCAAAGCACACACCUGCACUCCCUCAAGCCUGGCGACAGAUUGCUUUUUGCUGCCGCCUUGCGCGGCCACCAAUGGGUGCCCAAUAGCGUUCCACAUGUGACCCUUAUAGCCGGUGGUGCCGGCAUAACACCCAUCUUCCAGCUGGCACAAGGCAUCUUAUCAAAUCCAAAUGAUCAAACAGCGGUAACCAUCGUUUACGGAGUCAACACCAAUGAAGAUUGCCAUCUAACGAAGGAAUUACAAAAGUUUAAAAGCGACUUCAAGGAUCGAUUCAACAUUGUGUACACAGUUAGCCGACCGGACGAGAACACAACCUUGCGGAAGGGCCGCGUGACGAGAGAGCUGCUAGAAGAAGUGGCUCCACCGCCCAAGAACAGCGAGAACAAGGUGUUUGUAUGUGGCCCACCGGCUAUGGAAUCAAGUCUGGUCGGUUCGCGUAAAGAAAAGGGGAUUUUGGAGCAGCUUGGGUAUCGGAAGGACCAGAUACACACGUUUUGA